AUGGCGCGCCCCCCGAGCCGACGACCGCUGCUGCCUGCGCUCCUGCUGCUGCUGCCGCUGCUCUUACCCUUCCCCCUCCCCGUAUCCUCAAGGGACCACCUCCCCACAGAAGGCCGGCUCAUGAACAGCUGUAUCCAGGCCAGGAGGAAGUGCCAGGCCUAUCCCACUUGCAAUGCUACCUACCACUACUUGAAUUCCUGUGCCUCUAGUAUAAGCACCUCAUCACCUGCAGAGGAGCCUUCAGUCCCUGAGGACUGCAUGGAGGCAGCACAGCAGCUCAGGAAUAGCUCUCUGAUGAGCUGCACAUGCCAUCGGCGCAUGAAGAACCAAGCUACCUGCCUGGACAUCUACUGGACCGUUCACCCUGCCCGUAGCCUUGGUGACUAUGAGCUGGAUGUCUCUCCCUAUGAAGACACAGUGACCAGAAAACCCUGGAAAAUGAAUCUCAGCAAACUGAACAUGCUCAAACCAGACUCGGACCUCUGCCUCAAGUUCGCCAUGCUGUGCACUCUUAAUGACAAGUGUGACCGGCUGCGCAAGGCAUACGGGGAGGCGUGCUCCGGGUCGCGCUGCCAGCGCCACACUUGCCAAAGGCAGCUGCGCUCCUUCUUCGAGAAGGCGUCGGAGCCCCAUGCUCAGGGCCUACUGCUGUGCCCGUGUGCGCCCACCGACCAGGGUUGCGGGCAGCGCCGGCGCAACACCAUCGCCCCCAGCUGCUCACUGCCAUCGGAGGCCCCCAACUGCCUGGAGCUGUGGCACAUAUGCGUGUCCGACCCGCUGUGCAGAUCGCGCCUGGCGGAUUUUCAGACCCACUGCCAUCCCAUGGACAUCCUAGGGACCUGUGCAACAGAGCAGUCCAAAUGUCUGCGAGCAUACAUGGGGCUGAUUGGGACUGCCAUGACUCCCAACUUUGUCAGCAAUGUCAAUGCCAGUGUUGCCUUAAGCUGCACCUGCCGAGGCAGUGGCAAUCUGCAGGAGGAGUGUGAGCGGCUGGAAGAGUCCUUCUCCCGAAACCCCUGCCUCAUGGAGGCCAUUGCAGCUAAGAUGCAUUUUCACAGCCAACUCUUCUCCCAGGACUGGAUAGCCUCUACCUUUUCCCCGAUGGAACGCCAGAACAAAAACCCUGCUCUGAGGCCACAGCCCUGGGUGCCCUCUCUUUUCUCCUUUACACUUACCUUGAUUCUGCUCCUGAGCCUCUGGUAG